GCCUCCCCUUUCAUGGCGACGACUUGAGUGGAUUCUUUGUAUUGACGACGACAAUCGAGGUUGAAGCAGCAGCCUAUGUACGGAUCUAGAGGAGAUAAGAGUUGAGUGUGGGGAUCUUUUUUGGGGUUUGAUAAUUGAAGGGCAAUGUUUGGGAGCGGGGUGGGCUCAAAGAGACAAAGAAUGAUGCAAUCAAAUCCCUACAACUUGGCAGUUGGCACGGGAGCAGCCAGCUUUCCUCCUUAUGGCGGAUUCCCUGUGGUUCGCCUCCGUGGUCUUCCCUUCAACUGCGCUGACGUGGACAUCUUCAAGUUCUUUACCGGCCUCGACAUUGUCGAUGUCUUGCUCGUCAGCAAAAACGGCAAAUCCUCCGGGGAGGCCUUUGUCGUCUUUGCCGGUCCAAUGCAAGUGGAGAUUGCACUGCAGAGGGACAGGCAGAAUAUGGGUAGGAGAUACGUCGAAGUUUUCCGCUGCUAUAAGCAGGAUUACUACAACGCUGUUGCCGCUGAGGAGGAGGGAGCAUACGAGGUCCAUGUUAGCCCACCUCCCGCAGGACCGUCUAGAGCAAAGAGUUUUAGCGAGAAAGAGAAGCUCGAGUACACUGAGGUUUUGAAGAUGAGAGGCCUCCCGUACUCUGCCAACAAGCAUCAAAUCAUAGAGUUUUUCAGCGGGUACAAGGUUGUUGAAGGAAGGGUGCAUGUUGUGUGUCGACCUGAUGGUAAAGCCACGGGUGAGGCCUUUGUGGAGUUUGAGACAGCUGCGGAGGCAAGGAGGGCGAUGGCUAAGGACAAAAUGUCCAUUGGGCCAAGGUACGUGGAGCUGUUUCCAACUACUCGUGAAGAGGCUCGAAGAGCUGAGUCGAGGUCUAGGCAAUGAUGACUUUGUCCUUCACUAUGAUUGUAUACAUUAUAUAUCCUGUGGACUAAUUUUGCUAGGUAAAAACCCAAAAUGUUCAUCUGUGGAAUAAAAAGACCUUGAGAUAUUGUUUUCGUUUA